ACACUUCCUGCAUUAAAAAUAAUUAAUAUAUGUAAUUUACAGUAUUGGUGGGAUUGGUAUAGACACAGGUUAAUUAAUCUGACUUUUAAAGCAUUCUAAAAAACGUAAAAUAAUUUAUUGAUCAGCUAUAGAAGUCUAUAAAUCAAUCUCUCUGAACACACGUGUUUUUAUCUUCUCGCAAAGCUAACCCGACAGAGGUUUCGUGUCAAAACGCGUCGAAUGAGCAUAAUAUUUUAUUGAUAUUCGAGAUUUAUAAAUGGCAGAGUUCAAGAGUAAUUCAGAUGCUGCGGAAACAGCAAGUGGUGCUUCAGACACCACAUCUAGAAUGGAAGACCAAUCUGCAGAGGAAAGAAAGAUACCAUGUAUCAUCGUACUCGGAAUGGCUGGUGCUGGAAAAACUUCAUUUGUCUCUGGACUUGUUUCUAGGUUGUAUAACAUAGGAAAGCCAUACAUCGUUAAUUUAGAUCCUGCUUGUAAAGAAGUUCCGUAUCCUGCUAAUAUAGAUAUAAGGGACACUGUAAAUUAUAAAGAAGUGAUGAAACAAUAUAACUUGGGCCCAAAUGGUGGUAUAGUUACGAGUUUGAAUCUUUUUACCACAAAGUUUCAUCAGGUUAUCGAACUUAUUAACAAAGCCAGUAAAGAGCACAAUUAUGUAAUUUUUGACACACCAGGACAAAUUGAGGUUUUCACAUGGUCGGCUAGCGGCUCGAUUAUAACAGAAGCAUUAGCAUCUCAGUUUCCAACCAUCGUUGUGUAUGUGGUAGACACCGUGAGAAGUGUUAAUCCUGUUACAUUUAUGUCCAACAUGUUAUACGCUUGCUCUAUACUUUAUAAAACCAAAUUGCCUUUUAUCGUGGUCAUGAAUAAGAUCGAUAUUGUUGAGCAUAGUUAUGCAGUCGAAUGGAUGCACGAUUUCGAAGCUUUCCAAGAAGCACUCGACAAGGAAAGCGGUUAUAUCAAUAAUCUUACACGCAGCAUGUCACUUGCACUAGACGAGUUUUAUAAUCAUUUGCAAUGCUGUGGCGUUUCUGCAGUAACGGGUGCUGGAAUUGAUGAAUUUCUGAAACUGGCUGAAGCUGCCGUAAAGGAAUAUGAAACAAGUUACAAAAAAGAUUGGGAAAAACUUAAAAUAGAGAGGGAAGCUCAACGAAACAAGACAGAGAAGGAACAAUUAGAAAAGGCUAGUAAAAAAACAAUUGGAGAAGCUGUAGCUUUUGUGACAACGGUUAAUGAUGGUCGUGACACUUCGGAAAUCUAUCUGAAACACGCAUGUAAUGAAUCAAGCGAAGACGAAGACGGAACGGAAAACAAUUUCGAGGAAAAUGAAGUUGAAGAAAAGAAAGAUGAAGUGUCAUUUAGAAAUUUCUUAGAGAGACAUCAAAUGGACCAAGCUAAACGAAGGAGUAAUCAGGAGUCCGAACCUAAUACAAGUAAAAAUUGA